CUGAAUGGUCAGUGUUUCAAAAUAAUUAUCCGUUAACAUGAACCGUAUGAAUUAUUAUUCAUAUAGACGUUAUCCAACUCGGAAUAUCGAUAGCAAACACGUUCCAUUGAGUUUAAAUGGACUCAAGAGAGUUGGAGAUAAUCCAUGUCCACGUUUAGCCAUUGGCUCAGAAUACAUGAGUCAAGACCUCUAUUUUCUGUACAAAAACUCAAACGAUUAUCAUAUGAAGGAAGAAGUGAGAAAAGGAAUAAUUAAGACGUGUAAGGAUACUAACAAACGGUUUCAUUGCAAACGUUCCCUAAAGGAAAAGUCUGAAUUAAAAGGAGUUUCUACUCCCUCAGCUGAAGACGAGGAUAAAAAACAUCAAAGAAGCCUAAAGAAGCGUAAUUCAAAUAGGAAUCCACCAGAAAAAAGAGAUAUGAAGACAAAUAUCCGCAAAAGACCGUUAAAAGAUAUAGCUUAUUUUUCUGUCUAGCAUUAUCUACGAUUAAUAACAAUAUAGCUCAACGUUUGGGUAGUGAACGUGGC